ACCUGAGCAGGUGCAAGCGUAUAGUUUGCAGAGAGCGCUGCGUGUGGAACAGGUGACUGAGUCUCCAGCACUGAAAUACAACCUCGCGCCUUUAUAUUUCGGCUAUUACAGGUUUUGGCCUAAGAUACCGAGGACCAUGGCAGACGCGUCAGGCACCAGAGCGCUCAGGUGCCUUGUCAUCUUUGGAUGCGUGUUCACCGCUAUGUGCGGCUUGGCUCUCAUGGCCGUGGCCAUAUGGGUGGUGGUUGACCCGUUCAACCUGUACUCAAUAGCAGACGUAUCGGGGAAGGUCGACAUUUUCGCGGGGGGCUGGAUCGCCAUAUUCACGGGCUUCGCCUUCUUCUGCGUGGCCUGCUUCGGCGUUUUCGCUGCCCACAGAAAAAGCCGCGGUGGGAUGCUGGUGUACCUCGUCUUGAUGCUGAUCGUCUACAUUUUCGAGUGUGCAUCGUGCAUCACUGCCGCGACUCACAGAGACUACCUGGUGGGCAACAGUAACCUGGUGAAGAAGCAGAUGCUGCAGUACUAUGCGGCUAACAGCACCGCUGGGGUAAAGAUCACCAAAACAUGGAACCAAGUCAUGGAAAAUGUGCAGUGCUGUGGAGCCGACAGUCCUCUGGACUGGAUCCAGUACACCUCCACCUACAACCAGAAUUUCGGUCCCGUCAACCAGUGGCCCUUCAGCUGCUGCAGGAGGAACGCCAACUUUGAGGUGAUGAACCUGGCGGCCUGCAAGAUCGGCCACAGCAGCAGCAUUUACACCCAGGGCUGCUUCCAGUACAUCCAGUCCAAGCUGAGCCUGUACACCUGGGCCAUUGGCUGGUACGGCUUUGCGGUCCUCAUGUUCGUGUUUAUCCACAUGUUGGUCGCCAUGGUGUACUACAUAAAGCUCUGAGAAAACGGCCCGCCCCCCCUCCCCCCAGAUCAAGUUGUGCCCCCUGCCUUCGAUGACUGCAUCCUGCUGCUUUCUCCAGCGCUGUGAAUAUUUUAAAAAUCCCAAAGAAUUCAACGAGCAAUACACCAGGGACCCCGCACAGCAGAGGCCAGAGAACAGCAAUGACAUAAAGCAUAAUGCAAUGGCAAGGCUGUGUACAUCUGCUUGACCAAUAGAUACAAAAACUAUGGGCCAGUUUCACAGACACAGAUGAAAGCCUAGUCCUAGAUUAAGGCUCAAUUUUGAGUGAGGACUCGCCAUACGAAGCUCAGUUUAGUCUAGGACGAAGCUUAAACUGCGCCUGUGAAACCAGCCCUGUAUUUGGUACUGGAGUAUUGCAUUGUAUUGUAUUAUAUUGUCUUAAAGGAGAAUCUUCAGUUUACAUUUUGAAAAUCCUACAGCACAGUGGAGUUGCGUAUUGCAGCAAUUUAUCAUUGAAAUUCAGAAACGACACAAACAACCAUUUAUUUUGAAGUCAUUUGCAAUAAAGUCCUUGUUUUCAAACAUUUCAGCUUUUUAAAUUGAAUUCUGCUUGAUAAACGGGGGUGCAAGUGAAACCUCAAAAACAUUCGGAUUGGCAGGGUUGUGUUGUAUACAAGUAUACAAGUUUGAAUAAUCAUUAUAGAAUUGACGACAAAAUUGAAUAACAUUGAAUUUGAUUUAAUUCACAAUUAAACCAGGCUAGUACUGAACAUGGGGAUCAUUGACAGUCCUAUGGUUUCGGUGGUCCCAAACAAGAAUAUUGUUGUGGCCCCAAAAUGCUCAAUGACUGCAUAAUGUUUAUGCCAGCGACCGGCCCACACAGGGAUAGUGGUGCAGUAUCACUUGUUAAACCGCAACUUGAGAUCAUUUAUUUUCUUGCUGUUGAAAUCAGAUCAUACUCAAAUGAGAUGUAUAACCAAAUUAAAUUGUUUUGAUUGAUGAGUGUGAAUGUGCAUUGCAACUGUACUCAUUAGAAGAUGUUUGUGGGUUUGUAUGGAUGUAAUCCUCAUUAAAUGUUUCUAUUUACAUUGCU